AUGAGUUCAAAUAAUUUGAUCAGCUCGGUAGAAUUGGCCAACCGGCAUUCAGACCCAUUGCUUGAUGUAAAAGACUUAAGAGAAAACUCAAACCGUACUCAUCUUUUGCAACGCUUGACCGAAUUGGAUCACUGCAAAAAAUCAAUAGAAGAGCUUCUAGAGCAGCUUGAAGCUGUACCUGUUGCAUCGAAAAACUCACCACAUUUUUACCGAGCUAAUAGUGAGUUUGAAAAGGCCAUCAGAUCCGCUAAUACAGAUGAUGUAACUUCAGGCAUUAGAAAGGCCUCUUUGGGGGCUCAAAAUAAAAGGGGACUUCCCUUUGCCUCAGUAAAUUCAGGGCUCAAUGGACGACUUACGGCACAAAUAAGAGAGGAUAAUGAGAAUAAAAGACAUAUACCAGACACUCACGAUGGUCGAGCUCGCUGUAAG